AUGCGCGAAUUCGAACUCCAGGAUUGUAUCUCGAAAAGCCGGAUGGCACUGAGGAACAGGCUACAGAAGAGGACAUUUUCAGAUACAGUUGUCACCGAUGGCUGUACAAAGGUGUUAAAAUUUGUUGAAGGCCUCCAUAAUAAGGCUCUCCUUUUGACAAUGAACAAUGGCAAGGAAGUAUUUGCAAAACUUCCAAACCCCAAUGCCGGUCCUGCCCGAUAUGUGACAGCAUCAGAAGUCGCCACAAGGGAAUUUUUGAGCCAUCCGGGCAGUCAGUUUGCCUCGACCGGUACGCUAUCGGGCCUCUUUCAAGCGCGGACCUUUGGUGUAGUGGCCGAGAAGAUAUGGGAUUGGAUAGAGGACCUUCGCGACGACCUGACGAUUACGCCAGAGCUAUGGGAAAAAAAUGAAAUGGCGUGGGUCAAAGGACACGCGUCUCCUCGAAUGAACUACUAUGUAUCACUCAAAGAUCCUGAGCUCCCUGACCAGGCUCUUACCCUUCUCUCAAAAUACCUGGAACCUACCCCUUAUUUGGUACCCAGUGAACCUGAAGCCGCCGCAAAUGUCCUCUGGCAUCCCGAUCUACAUCUAGACAACAUUUUCGUCGACCCAACGACGUCCCUGUGGGACACACUACGGCCUGCUGAGACGACAAAGUGUCCGAUUGACUUUACACGGGUUGAACUAGCCCUUCACGCGAAAGAGGAUGAAAAAAUCGCUGGGAUCGGAACUAUGCUCAAACUAUUUCAAGACCAGGGAGUUCUUCCGGUAGAUGGGAUGGUGGACCAGGAGGAUUAUGAGGCGGCGAAGAUCAAUUGUCAGAAGUUCAAGGAUAUAUUCGUCGCCCUGGCGAAGGACGAGGAAGAAAGGGAGCUAUUCUCUAAGCUCUGGCCGUAUCAGGACCAAGAAUCCAAGUGA